AUGAGGAAGAUGAGGACUCUCCUUGGCUUUGUGCAUUGCUGCUGCUGCUUCUUGCUCCUUCUGCCUCCGCCGCUCUGGGUCAGCCUGGCAGCGGCCAAGCAGCUCCUGAGGUACCGGCUGGCCGAGGAGGGACCCGCCGACAUCCGCAUCGGCAACGUGGCUUCCGACCUGGGAAUCGUGACGGGCUCCGGAGAGGUGACAUUCAGCCUGGAAUCGGGCUCCGACUAUCUUAAGAUCGAUAACAUGACCGGGGAGCUGAGCACCACGGAGCGGCGCAUCGACCGCGAGAAGCUGCCGCAGUGCCAGAUGAUCUUCGACGAGAACGAGUGCUUCCUGGACUUCGAGGUGUCGGUCAUCGGCCCCUCGCAGAGCUGGGUGGACCUCUUCGAGGGCCGGGUCAUCAUCCUGGACAUCAACGACAACACCCCCACCUUCCCUUCCCCUGUCCUCACGCUUACCGUGGAGGAGAACCGGCCCGUGGGGACCCUCUACUUGCUCCCCACCGCCACCGACAGGGACUUCGGCCGCAACGGCAUCGAGCGCUACGAACUGCUGCAGGAGCCCGGCGGGGACGCUGGCCGCCGCGGCGGCGGCAGCGGGGGGGGCUCGGCCUCGGCGGGCGCCGAGAGCGCCCUCUAUCCCGGCGGCAGCAAGCGGCGGCAGGAGGCGGACGCGGCGGCCCGCAGCAGCGUCUUCGAGCUGCAGGUGGCCGACACCCUCGACGGGGAGAAACAGCCGCAGCUGAUCGUCAAGGGGGCGCUGGAUCGGGAGCAGCGGGACUCCUACGAGCUCAGCCUCCGCGUGCGGGACGGCGGCGACCCGGCGCGGUCCUCGCAGGCUAUCCUGAGGGUUCUGAUCACCGACGUGAAUGACAACAGCCCCCGCUUCGAGAAGAGCAUCUACGAGGCAGACCUGGCGGAGAACAGCAGCCCCGGGACCCCCAUCCUGCAGCUGCGAGCCGCCGACCUGGACGUGGGGGUGAACGGGCAGAUAGAGUAUGUCUUCGGGGCAGCCACCGAGUCCGUCAGGCGUCUGUUGCGGCUGGACGAGACCUCUGGCUGGCUCAGUGUCUUGCACCGCAUUGACCGGGAGGAAGUGAACCAGCUUCGCUUCACCGUCAUGGCCAGAGACCGGGGCCAGCCCCCCAAGACAGACAAGGCCACUGUCGUGCUGAACAUCCGCGACGAGAAUGACAAUGUGCCCACCAUCGACAUCCGGAAAAUUGGGCGCAUCCCGCUCCGGGAUGGGGUGGCUAGUGUGGCUGAGGACGUCCUGGUGGAUACCCCCAUAGCCCUGGUGCAGGUGUCAGACCGGGACCAAGGUGAAAAUGGUGUGGUGACCUGCACCGUGGUGGGUGACGUGCCCUUCCAGCUCAAGCCGGCCAGCGAGGGCGAAGGGGAGCCGCAGAACAAGCGCAAGUAUUUCCUCCACACCUCAGCCCCUCUAGACUACGAGGCUGUCCGUGACUACAACGUGGUUAUUGUGGCUGUGGACUCGGGCAGCCCCAGCUUGUCCAGCAACAACUCCUUGCUUGUGCGGGUUGGGGACACUAACGACAACCCUCCCAUGUUCAGCCAGGCCGUGCUGGAGGUCUCCUUCCCAGAGAACAACUUGCCUGGCGAGAGGGUGGCCACGGUGGUCGCCACAGAUGCGGACAGUGGCAAGAAUGCUGAGAUCACCUACUCCCUGGAGGCCUCACCCCUCUCCUCAGAGGCACCAGGCGGCAUCUUCAGCAUUGAUCCUGACUCUGGGGACGUGUCAGUGCAGGCGGUGCUGGACCGCGAGCAACGUGACACCUAUGAGUUCCAGGUGACGGCCCGGGACAAGGGGGUGCCGUCACUGCAGGGCUCCACCACGGUCGUGGUGCGGGUGGCGGAUCGCAACGACAACGAGCCACGCUUCAUGCAAGAUGUGUUCACUUUCUACGUGAAAGAGAACCUGCAGCCCAACAGCCCUGUGGGCAUGGUGACUGUGAUGGACUUUGACAAGGGACGCAACGCCGAGCUCAGCCUCUCCAUCCAGCCUGGCGAUCAUGACCAGGCAGCUAGCAUCUUCUCCAUCGAGAAUGACACUGGCACCAUUUUCUCCACCGUCUCUUUCGACCGGGAGCAGCAGACCAGCUACACUUUUAAGGUGAAGGCAGUGGAUGGAGGCGAACCACCGCGCUCUGCCACUGCCACUGUGUCCCUCUUCGUGAUGGAUGAGAAUGACAACGCACCCACGGUCACCUUCCCCAGCAACAGCUCCUACACAGUGCUGCCGCCCUCCAGCAACAUGCGCACCGUUGUGGCCACGGUGGUUGCCACCGACGCCGACACUGGUCUCAACGCCGACCUCAACUACAGCAUUGUCGGAGGCAACCCCUUCAAACUCUUUGAGAUCGACCCGGCCAGCGGCGUGGUGUCGCUGGUGGGCAAGCUGGCCCCCAAGCAUUAUGGCCUGCAUCGCCUUGUGGUGCAGGUGAAUGACAGCGGGCAGCCACCCCAGUCCACCACUGCCCUGCUCCACGUCUUCGUCAACGAGAGCCUGUCCAACGCCACUGUGGUGGAGAGCCAGGUGGCCCGCAGCCUCCACACGCCCCUGGCCCAGGACAUCGCCGGCGACCCCAGCUAUGAGCUGAGCAAGCAGCGGCUUAGCAUAGUCAUCGGUGUGGUGGCUGGCAUCAUGACCGUCAUCCUCCUCAUCCUGGUGGUGGUCAUGGCCCGCUACUGCCGUUCCAAGGGCAAACAUGGCUACGAGGCUGGCAAGAAGGACCAUGAGGAUUUCUUCACCCCGCAGCAGCAUGACAAGGCCAAGAAGCCCAAGAAGGACAAGAAAGGCAAGAAGGGCAAGCAGCCCCUCUACAGCAGCAUCGUCACUGUCGAGGCUUCCAAGCCCAACGGGCAGCGCUAUGACAGCGUCAACGAGAAGCUCUCGGACAGCCCCGGUAUGGGGCGGUACCGUUCGGUCAACGGUGGUCCGGGCAGCCCUGACCUGGCCAGGCACUACAAGUCGAGCUCGCCUCUGCCCACCGUCCAGCUACACCCGCAGUCCCCCACCGCCGGCAAAAAGCACCAGGCCGUGCAGGACCUGCCCCCGGCCAACACCUUCGUGGGCGCCGGCGACAACAUCUCCAUCGGGUCGGACCACUGCUCCGAGUACAGCUGCCAGGCCAGCAGCAAGUACAGCAAGCAGGUGGAUACAGUGCAGACUACGCAGCACCCUGGCCACAUUGAGGAAUCAUGUAAAAUGAAUCCAUUUCGUAGAGUGACGUUUUCUGUUGUGAGUCAGCCUCAGGACCCGCAUCAAGGGUCAUUGCAGAGUUGCUAUGACAGCGGUCUGGAGGAGUCAGAAACACCAAGCAGUAAGAGUUCAUCAGGGCCAAGACUGGGUGCCCUUCCACUCCCAGAGGACAACUACGAAAGGACUACGCCGGAUGGCAGUGUUGGUGAGGCAGAGCAUAUGGAAAAUGAUUCAAGGCCUCUACCAGAUGUAGCCCUGACGGGGAAGUGUACCCGAGAGUGUGAUGAAUAUGGCCACUCAGACUCCUGCUGGAUGCCAGUUCGCACUUCUCCUGAAAGAAAGCAGAAGAGCCAGCCAAAACUCUCCACUUUCAUGCCUGUUGAUGAACGGGGCAGUCAGGAAAAGCUGGCCAAUGGAGAAGCCUCCCUCAUGGGUGAUCGCAACAGAAACCUCCUUAACAAAAAGUUGACCUCAUCCUAUGAGACCUUCAGCGCGGCUAGUUUCAGCAAAAAUGAAGGCGGCAAUCCAGAGGAUAUCCCCCUUACACAGACAGGGGAAUACAAGCCAUCUCCUGUCAACACUCUAACUAGAAGAGAAGUUUACCUGUAGGCUAAAAAGCAGCAACAAAAUUAUUUCAUAUUAUAAGAAAAAAAAGGGGCAAAAGUCUUAAAAUCAAAACAAUUUUAACAAAAAAUAAGAAACAAAAAAAGGGGGCCACCAAAGAGACAAAAGAUCUGCCUGCCACUUCUGCCUCCAUAGCAGGCAUUUAAUUAUACUGUCUGCCUGACUAUACUGUACAAUGUAGAAAACAUUGUUACUUGCAUGUCUAAUUCCCCCUCACUGAUUUUUAUUUUCCUAAAUCUAUGGUUGCAAAUUCCUCCCAUAGUAAUGAGCUUGAUUAAAAAGAACACAACACACUGUUGUUUCCCCUCUGCAGAAGCAUGAGUUAAGCCACUCAUUCUGUUUGAUUGUCAUCUGGCUUGU